CGCGCGAGACGCGCACCGACGCUCGACGCGCGCGCCACCGUCUCGAGGAGCGACCCCGGCGGGACAGAGGGCGCGCGCCGAACGCGGACAGGAAGCUCCAGACGUCGUCUAUGUCAGCGCGCUUCGGUGUGUGCAGCCGAGUGUGAACGCAACGGUCGCUCGCGAAACAGAGGGACGGGGGGGGGGACACGGACACGGAGACGCCGAGGAGGGAGGCCGAUGAUGAUGCUGGUGAUGCCGGAGCCGCUGCUGCCUGUCGUCGCUUCGUCCUCACGCCGGUGACGAGCAGGACACACACCGACAUUGCCCCCACACACACACACACACACACACAGGCGCUCGCGCGCGCUGAUGAAGACAGACGCGGAGAAAGGAUAAGACACCGAGAGGAAAGCGCCCGACACGAGUGGGCGGACCCCCUGCGGACCCCCUGCGGACCCCCGCCGGGCUUCAGGAGGACGGACAGAAGGAGGAGACGUCCCUUCGUGAGGUAAAUGCUGAUGACACCCUGGAGAUGCUGCCGAAAUCGAGAAGAGCGUUAACCAUUCAGGAGAUCGCGGCGCUGGCCCGGUCGUCGUUACAAGGUAUCUCCCAGGUGGUGAAGGACCACGUGACGAAACCGACCGCCAUGGCGCAGGGCCGCGUCGCUCACCUCAUCGAGUGGAAGGGUUGGUCCAAACCCAGCGACCCGCCCGCCGCCCUCGAGUCCGACUUCAACUCCUACUCGGACCUAACAGAGGGGGAGCAAGAGGCCCGCUUUGCGGCAGGUGUUGCUGAGCAGUUUGCCAUCGCUGAGGCCAAGCUGCGUGCCUGGUCAUCUGUGGACGGAGAGGACUCCAACGACGACUCGUACGACGAGGACUACCCCGCCAACGAGACGUCCUACACGUCUCGGACAACAGAUGGCGUGCAGUACCCUCACUACCUGCGCGACCUCCUGCACGGCCAGGCAUGUCCUCAGGGUGGCGACGGCGGCUCCCCGGACGCCCUCUGCUCCAGCCUGUGCAGCCUGGAAGACCACCCCCUGCUCCGGGGUCCUGCGGUGCCCCCCGCCUCCCCGGCGUCACCCGCCGACCUGGCGGCGAAGAUCCUGGGCGUCCUGCAGGGCUUGCAGCGGGGAGACUGCGCUUUCCGGCCCUUGGGCCACCGCGCCGCCGCCGCCGCCGCCGCCGACGACUCCUCCUGCUCGGCCUCCUGUUCCGAAUCCUUCCUGUCGCCGGAGGAGGACGAGUCGGCGGCCGAGGACUUCGACAGCGUCUACCGGGACGGGUCACCGGGGUACGGCGGCCGCAGGAAGGUCUCCGACGUGGCCUCCUCCGGGGUCGUGUCCUUGGACGAGGAGGAGGAUCUCGAGGAGGAGGCGGAGGAGGAAGAGGGGGGGGGUAGGAAGAUGGAGCAGGGGAACUAGACUCUUUCAUUGUGGCCCCCCUCCCCCAAAAAGCCUGUAGACCCCCCCCCCCUUGCGAAUGCCCCGCCUGGUUUGAUAAUCUCCUGCCUGGUUUGAUAUUUUGUAGUGUGUGUUCUGUCCUGAGGCGAGUGAACAAUCCUGCUGUCGGUGCGGAAGUGCGGCGGGCGUUGCCCGGGACAUGCACAAGGGAAUGUCCUUUGCAUGUGGUCGCAAAUGCUGAAAUGACCCCGUGGGCUGAGCACGGUUUAUGGUUAUGGCUGCCCCCCCCAACCCCCAGCAUGGCAAACUAUUAACCUUGAGAAUAUGAGCAGAUGCUGGAAUGUUCUAAAGCUGUCGAGAUGAAACGCUGUUUCUCGACUCGUCGUAACGGCUCUCAACUCCACCGACUCCUACUUUUCUAACGGGGGGGGGGGGGGCGCUUUCCCUCCCCGGCGCAGUCGUCUUUUCAAACGGAAUGUUCUUGAAGUUUCACUCCAGUGCUAGAAGUGCAGAGUUUGAUUUUAAAAUGUGGAAAAGACAAAAAAAGAACCCCAGACAGAAACACUCGUUUCCAGUGAUGCAGUGAAGGUGUGAGUUCUGUCUCAGAGUCUCUAUUUUUGUACAUGUCCCCCCCCCGCCGCCGUCACCGCCCCCCCAGCUGUGCGCCUCGGCUCUCUGUGCUUUGCACGACGCUACGUGUCCGUAUCUCUUUUCUUGGUUCCCAGUGGGUGAAAAGGCCCGUUGAACAAAAACUAUUUUAAAGAAAUGUCUGAAAUGUGGUCCCCCCCCUUAUUUUGGAUGUGUGACUUCGCAUGUUGCGGUUGUGGUCACGACCCACGCCGAGAGCGGUCGUGACCACCUGCCGCUCCGCCCGUCGGUAUCGGGCCUCCGGGUCCUGCUGACGGCACCGAAGCGCCUCCCUCAGCUGGGAGGUCGGAGCGGCGGCUGCCUCUGUGAACAGGGCUGAGGGUGAUGCUGCGUCGCCAUGGCGACAGCUGCACUCUUCUUGUGACGUGCGGAGGGGGGUGUGAAGGACCAGCGUGUUGCUCCACAGCUCAGGAAGUGCAGCUGACCUGUCCCUCCGCCAGUCCCUCCCAUUGACAGUGUCCACGCCCACCAGGUAGUCCCCGUCGUCUCCGUAACAACCGCGAGUGUAGGACCAGCCGUCCACAUGACCCUUCAGUCCGACGUCGAGGCUUCCCGCUUACGAGAUGGCGUGUGAGGAGGAGGAGGACAUGGAAGGAGACACGUGGCUCAGUAAUCAUCUCCUCAUGUCUCUGUGAGUGCGUGUGUGCGUGAGCGUGUGCGUGUGUCGGGCAGCGGCGGGACACUCUGAUACCCGUGUCCACCAGCGGACACCAUCGCGCCAACGGCCCUUUCGGCUCCCCCCUCCGCGUCCUUCCCGCUGUGCUCGGAGUUGUGGUCGGGAGUAGCGCCCCCUGUUGGAUCGCAGUGGAGUCUCGUGGAGCUCGAUGUCGCGCCCAAGCAGGACUUUUGUGCACAUUUUGUAAAGAGUCAUAUUUUUGUAAGAAGGACCGUGUGAAGCGCACAGGUGUGAGGCGCUCAGAUGUCGGGUCAAACUCAGGUUCACCUCGAACGCUGUGCCUUCGUCUCUAUUUCCCUUUUCUGACGGUCCAGAUCUCAGCUCCUGCUGGGGGGGCAGCGGCGAUGGCGGGGAGGGGGGGGUGUGCGGAGGCCGUGUCGAUGGAGAGUGUGUUUCGUCGCAUCAGAGAGAGGCUGGAGGGACGGGGGGGGGGGGCGGAGUCACCCAAAGAGAGCGAGCGAGAGUGUGUGUGUGUGUGUGGUGGCACCUUCACUGGGGAGAAGUUGGUCAAUUGAUUACACACUCUGGUGUCUUGGCAUCCGGUGACACUGAGUGUCUGUGCUGUCUGGGGUGGGGGGUGGGGGGCGG